ACAGCUCACUAUCUAAUGAUCUAUUACAGUCUAUUAAGAUUCAAGAUUCUGAAGAGGUUAUGUUUGGUUAGGCUUUUUUUUAUUUCAAAAACGGAUAGAAAACAAUUUUUUCAGAAUUAUUAUAAACAUUCGGCGCAUUUUAUGAUCAUAUUUAUAGUGUAUCAGCGGUGUGUAAUAAUAAUUUGCAAAGCGGGCCAGCGGCAGAUUCAAAAAUGAAGGAAAUUGAGAACGGCGCUGAACCAUCAGCCCCUAUUACAAAAAAGGGUAUACUUACUUCGUUUAAAACUGGCAAACCGAUGAACAUUCCAGAAUCUGAUAUUCUUGGGAGAUGCCGAUUUGUUUCUGAAUUUGAGAAGUUAAAUCGCAUAGGUGAAGGUACAUACGGAAUUGUAUACCGAGCCAAGGAUACAGUCUCUGGACAAAUUGUUGCUUUAAAAAAGGUAAGAAUGGAUCAAGAAAGGGAUGGCAUUCCAAUAAGUAGUUUGAGAGAAAUUCAGGUGUUACUAAAUUGUAAACAUGAAAAUAUAGUUCAUUUAAAGGAGGUGGUCGUAGGAAAGAGUUUAGAAAGUAUUUUUCUGGCAAUGGAAUAUUGUGAACAAGAUUUAGCUUCUUUGUUGGAUAAUAUGCAGGCUCCUUUUACUGAGUCUCAAGUAAAAUGCAUUAUGUUACAAGUAUUAAGAGGAUUAAGGUAUUUGCAUCACAAUUUUGUGGUCCAUAGAGACCUGAAGGUUUCAAAUUUACUUAUGACUGAUAAGGGUUGUGUGAAAAUUGCUGACUUUGGUUUAGCAAGGUGGUUUGGUGUACCUCUUAAACCAAUGACACCACACGUAGUGACUCUGUGGUAUAGAGCACCUGAGUUACUUCUUCAAGCCCCUACACAAACUACUAGUGUAGAUAUGUGGGCAGCAGGAUGCAUUUUGGGUGAACUUUUGGGUCAUAAACCUUUGCUUCCUGGAAGAACUGAAAUUCAACAACUAGAACUAAUAGUAGACCUGUUAGGUACCCCAUCUGACGCGAUUUGGCCAGGAUUCAGCAGUCUGCCUGCUCUACAAAAUUACAGUCUCAAGCAACAACCAUAUAACAAUCUUAAGCAGAGAUUUCCGUGGUUGUCACCAGCUGGACUCAGACUUUUAAACUUUUUGUUUAUGUACGACCCAAGAAAAAGAGCCACUGCUGAAGAAUGUUUACAAAGUAGUUAUUUUAAGGAGCAACCUUUGCCCUGUGAUCCAAAACUGAUGCCCACUUUUCCACAGCACAGAAAUAUUAAAGGCAGCAAUAAAAACCCUCCUCCGGCAGAUAACACUGGUGCUGGUGAUCAAACCAAUAAUCUACCAGCAAUAUCUGACUUGCUUGGAUCUAUAGUAAAAAAGAGAAGAGUAGAAUAGAUGUUUUUUUGUAUGUGAAAAUACUGAAAUAAAAUAUAAGUUGCAUGAA